AAGGUUAUUUCGGAGAAACGACUAUGAAGGGUUAGAUGGCGCUGUCUUAACAAUAUGUGAAUAUUGUUCAUUAAUAUACGUUUUAGGCGCUUCAGAGAAGCUAUAACAUUAAAGUAAGGUUUUGUUUUCUCACACAUUUGUAGAAUAUAUCUGAAAUACUAUGAUUUAUACGAUAAAUGUUCGUUGCUUUGCAAAUUUCAAACGGAUCUUUUUUUUCGAUAAUCGCUCAAAAGACUCUUGAUCAAUGAUUUAAUCAUUUUUUGAACAGUUGUACAUGUACAUGUGAUAAAUUAAAAAACGUCUAACAACGUUAAGUUUACUGUUGGAUAUUUUUCAAAAUAGCACGAAAAGAUAAAGUGAAUAAUCGUAAGAGAUCGACAUAAAGGAUAAUUAUCGUUUAUCUCGACCAAACUACCAUAAUUCGCAAAUCCCUGUAUAGACGAUAUUGUGUACAAUUAAUUCUUAUUAUAAAUUAUUAUAAUGUUUUUAUUCUCAUGAAAAUGUAGUCAUGAUCAUGGCUGAAUGUGGAAUGAGAGUUGUGAGAGGUGUAGAUUGGAAAUGGAAAGAUCAGGAUAAUGGUGAAGGAUCUGUUGGAACAAUAGUAGAAAUAGGAAAAAAUGGAAGUAACUCUUCUCCUGAUAAGACCGUUGUAGUUCACUGGGAUUGCUCAACAAGGACAAAUUAUAGAACCGGUUACCAAGGAUUCUAUGAUUUGCGAUUGAUUGAAAACGCAACAAUAGGUGUUCGACAUACAAAUAUACUUUGUAAAGAAUGUACAAAAAGUGUGGAUGAAUCUAAACAACGAGGUAUCGAAGGCAUGAGAUUCAAAUGUAUUAAAUGUCCCGAUGUCAACCUCUGCAUAGAAUGUUAUAUGAUGGAUAAGCACGACAUUAAUCAUUCAUUUUUGAGAUUUGUUGAUUCAAAGAGCAGUGGAGUUAAAGUAGGAAAGAGAACGGGUGCUGUUAAAAAAAUUGCUAAAGGAGUAUUUCCUGGAGCAAGAGUAGUGAGAGGAAUAGAUUGGGAUUGGGGCGACCAAGAUGGAAAACAAGAAGGAACAGUAAUAGAUAUUAGAGGUUGGGAAAGUGAAAGCUCUCGAUCAGUCGCUAACGUUAAAUGGGACAACGACGUUACGAACGUUUAUAGGAUGGGUCAUAAAGCGAAAGUUGAUUUAACGUGUAUAAAAGAAGCUCCAUGGAUAGAUUAUUAUCCUUCUCAUUUACCGAGCGUUGGAGAUAUCAGAGACGAUUUAAAAUCGUCAUCAUGCAGAUUUCAAGUUGGUAAUCAAGUGAGAGUAGAUUUAGAUAUUGAAGUAUUAAAAAUGAUGCAGGACGGUCAUGGCGGCUGGAAUCCCAGAAUGGGAGAAUACUUAGGAAAAGUAGGAAUUGUACAUAGAAUUACAGACAAAGGUGAUAUAAGAGUUCAGUAUCCUGAUAUUCAAAAUCGUUGGACAUUUCAUCCGGAUGCUCUUACUCUAGUCAGUGUUUCUAAUCGAUUUAAAACAAACGACGUGGUCGAAAUAAACAACGACAUGAGAAUAGUGAAACAAUUUCAGAAAGGACACGGUGAAUGGACAGAUCAAAUGAUUCAAGCAUUAGGGAAAAGGGGUAGAGUUCUAAAAGUUUAUGCAGAUGGCGAUCUAAGAGUGAAGGUUGAUGACCAAAAUUGGACAUUUAAUCCAUCGAAUGUGAAAUUAGUAAAACUCGAUGAAAGUGUCCAACAAGAUAGAUGUUCUGAAACAAGUUCACACGGAGAAAUGGCUCUAAGAGAAAAAUUCUUCAAAGCUAUUAGCUCUUCUAAUAUAGCUAUAAUUCGUGAUAUAACGCAACAAUCUCCAAAUAUAGUCAAUUCAAUUAAUAAAAACUCCAAUACUCCUCUUCACGAAGUAUCCAUUACGGGAAAUGUAGAAAUAUGCUCUUUACUAUUGGAAGCUGGUGCUGAUGUAAAUAAACAAAACGAAGAAGGAAGCACACCUCUUCACCUCGCAUUAUAUAACAGUAGACUGGAAAUAUGUCAAAUCUUAUUAGAUAAGAAUGCUGCUCUCGAUAAAGUGAAUAAAGAACAGAGUACUCCUUUGCAUAUAGCUGUUGAAAAGAAUUCUCCAGAUCUAGUUAGAAUUCUUGUCGAUAAAUUUCCAAAAGCAAUGAAUAUGAGGGAUGGAUUGAUGAACACUCCUCUUCAUAAUUCACUUAUGAAAGAUUAUCGGAAAAUUGCCAAUUUCCUAUUAGCUCAACAAUGCGCUGAUAUGAGUUUGUCAAAUCAAAAAAACUUUAAUUCUUUGCAUAUAAGCUCUUUAAAGGGUAAUAUCACUGCAACAAAGACGAUAUGCGAGCACAAACCUGUAUUAUUAAAUAAGCAAAAGGAUGAUGGAUUUACACCGUUACACCUUGCCUCUUUAAACGGACAUUUUACAAUAGUUGAAUUCCUCGUUCAAAAGGGGGCCGAUAUUAAAAUUGAGAAUAAAAAGAAACAAAAUGCACUCAUGUUGGCUUGUUCGCAAGGACAUAUCAAAGUAGCUCAUUUCCUAAUAACGAAUGGGGCAAGUAUCGAUGAAAAGGAUGAUAGAGGAGAUACAUGCCUUCAUAUGGCACUGAAUUCACAAUCACAACAGAAAAUGAAUUCGCUAAGGUCAAAUGUAACAACGGAUAGUUGGAUGAAAUUAAAAGACGAUUUGAACUUGUCUGAUUAUUCAGGACCGGAGAAUUUACUUCUAGCGUGCUAUUUAGUGAAAAAUGGCUGUAAUUUAGAUGUAAAAAAUUCAUCUGGACAUACUCCUAUGCAUAAACUAAAUGAAAAAUCACAAAAAAUUAUUUCGAAAUACGCCAAAGUAUGUCGUAUUUGUGAGGAAACAAGGCCCGAUGUAACGUUGGAGCCUUGUAAUCAUAAGAUAACUUGUUUCGAUUGCUCUAAAAAACUGAAAACUUGUUUAGAAUGUCAUGUUAAAAUUACAUCAAAGGUUCACGAUAAUUUAGAAAGAGAGAUGAACGAAAAUAUCGAUUAUUAUAAAGAAAAAAUAAGAAGUCUAGAAGAUACAAUAACUUGUAAUAUAUGUAUGGAACGAGAGAAAAAUAUAACUUUUAUGUGCGGUCAUCAAGCCUGUUCCAUUUGUUCAACACCUUUAAAAUCCUGCCAUAUUUGCAGAAAACCAAUAACAAAGAAGAUAAAUACCUUUUAAAGGAUGCUACUAUUAUUUCAAUUAAGUUCUUUGUCAUUUUAUGUACAUUUCUAUUUUUCAGUAUUUCCUUUUUAUGUUUUUUUAUGGGCGUUUAUAACGUUAAUCUUAAUAUGUUUCUCUUUCUUUCUAUUAAGUAGGCGAAUCUUUCAAAAUAUUCUUAUUAUCUUUGGUCUCUUUUCCUUCCCUUGUUGGCUGUGCUUUUUCUUUCAGAAACUAUUGCCUAUCUUUUCGUAAAUAUCUAUAUAAAUUUAUAUAUAUAUAUUUGGCAUUGUAUAUUAUUCUUUUGUCUUCUCUUUUUUAUUAUCAAAUAUUGAAAACUGUCUUAAAAAAGUAUAUAUUUGCUUUUUCUCCAAGAAAGUAACAUUCAAAUGAUGGAGGAUAGCAAAGACACAAAUUAUAAAGCACGACAGUGUAUUUGUGUUUCACAAUUGCGGGUAUGAUUUGUAUAUAUUUUUAUACAUGUUUAUUGAAUCAGAGCUUCAUAGCCCAAUUUACCAAACAACACUUUAAGCCUCAGUGAGUUAAAACUUGUGUUUUUUCUUCUUUUUCUUUUUUUUUUUUUACAAAUAAUUUAAUCUGUUUUCAUUUAAUCUUCGCACUCACUCUCUAUCUCUCUCUAUCUCACUCUCUCUCUCUCUCUCUCUCUCUUACAGUGGUUUAGUAAUUACUAAUAACAAGCUUUUUGUUAAUUACUAUUAAAUUAUCAGUUUUUCUUGAGU